GUGCUAUUUGCAUAUCUCCCUUUAGUUUCUUAAUUAAACAGUUAUUAGAAUCUUCAUAAUAUAGAACGGGGAUUUUGGUUUACAUAUAUAAAUCAUUAAUUUGUGGAGAUCUUCUGACUGUAUGACUAUUAUAUAACAAAUCCCAUCAGUUACUAUCGUGACGCGUUCCUGGAAUUGCUCGGAUUUUGUAUUGGGAUUUUUAUAAUUUCGUUUAUGGUUCUGCUGCCAUUUUUGAAUGUUGAAAAUCAAAAAGCCAUGGAAGGAAGAACUCCUGCUUCUGGUUUUAGCACAAUUGUUGAUCAAACAAGUUCAAGUAACCAAAUCAUGUGGUUGUUUUCAGUUUUUGGAGGCAUUAUCAUGUGUAAAGUUGCUUAUGAUUUGACGGGUGUAAUAAGCCCCUUGGUCUUCAAAGGUUUUAACAAACUCGAAAGUGUGCAGAAAUUCGAAUGGAAAAACCGGGGCAUCUCGACCUUCCAUGCACUUUUUGUGGCCGUUGCUUCGUAUUACUUUUUGGUCGUUUCAAAUCUUUUUGAUGAGUCUGCCCAACAAAAGUUCAUCAUCUAUCGAUCAUCUGCAUCAUCCAACACUAUACUUGCGAUGUCCCUUGGUUACUUUUUGUUAGAUUUGGCGAUGAUUAUAUGGAUGUAUCCGGCUUUAGGUGGUCCAGAAUACGUAUUUCACCAUGGGAUCUCUAUGCUCGGUAUCAUUCAAUCCCUUAUAUGCGGCCAAGCUCAGUUUUACAACUUUAUUGUUCUAUUCUCGGAGAUCACAACACCAUUUGUGAACCUAAGAUGGUAUCUUGAUGUUGUCGGGAAGAAGAACUCCAUGUUUUACUUGUUGAACGGCGUUGCACUGUUUGUAGGGUGGUUGGCUGCGAGGGUCAUCUUGUUCAUCUUCUUUUUCCACCACAUGUUUACACAUCUUGAUCAGGUGAAGCAAACUUAUUGGACAAUAUUUUGUAGCAUGCUAACGAUCCCGCUGGUAUUGGCAAUAAUGAACUUGUUUUGGUUUUGGAAGAUUGCCAAAGGGUUGAUCAAAACCCUCAUCAAGUUCACACGACAUAGUCAUGGGAGUUGAUUGUUGUUCUUGUAUUUAUUUAUUCUUUUUUGACCUUUUGACAUGGAAAAAUUAUAAUGCAAAAUUAAAACAUUAAAGUGUGAGAGUAACGAUUGGGUAAAUUAUCGAGAAAAACAUCAUUUACUUUUGCUAUUGAUAUAUAC